AUGGCAGCUGUGACCUAUGUCGAUAGCUCCCAGUCCGAGUUUUCCUACCACGCGCGGCCGUUUCCUAUGUGGGCCGUCAGCGUCUCCGAGGUGCUGCGUAUGAAAGCUCCGGUCCAGCAGCAUGAAGAGCUCCUCAGAUCCGGUCAGGUGGUGUUGCAUGAGCCAGAGUUUUACGUGCUUUUUGUCUCACAUCAAUGGUUGGGACUACACCAUCCGGACCCGGACGGAAGACAGUUACAAGUGCUCCAGGAGGCGUUAGGCGGCUGCAUCUCUGGAAGGCUGCUGAAGGAAUCAGACUCGGUUUCAAGAACGCUGGUGGGGAACCGCCCAGCAUCAAGCAAUGAGCGUCGAGCUAUGUGCAAUGGUUACAUUUGGCUGGAUUGGUUCUGCAUUCCACAGGACCCCUCCCAGCAUGCAAACCAGCAACUAGCCAUCAAGUCGAUUCCAUCUUACGUUGAUGCUUGCAGUUGCUUCAUGGCAUUGGUUCCGCCGCUUCUACACGCAUCUGGGAAAACCUGUGAUUACGAGUCCUGGCUGCGGAGGGGCUGGUGCUUAGCAGAGCUUUGGUGUACACAACUAUCCAGCAGACAAAGCUUGCCCAUGAUUGCCAUACGUGGUCCUGACGCUGCCGACUUUGUCCAAGCUGUAAAUUGGGUCUACACCCUCCCACACGAGGGAGAGUUUAGCCUAGAAGCGGAUCGAAGUCGCAUUAGGGACAUGCUGCAGGCAUCACUGCAGUGCCGUAUUGCGUUUCUGGAAGCAAAGAAGACUCAUCCGGCUCUUUGCAGGUAUUUGAAAGGAAGGUUUCACGACUGGGCUGAUGCUGAACCUUCCCACACGCAACGAUCCGAAGAGGACUUUCUGUCCCAUUUCGGAUUCCCGAGCUUGGCAGAGGGCUUGAAAGUCAGAGACAUCGGUGCUUUGGCUUGCGCCGUGCUCUCGGACAACAUUCCGAUGAUCCAGAGGCUUGUCCAAGCCAAGGCUUGCAUGAGAACUCGUUGCAAGCCACUUAUGAACAUAGAUGUCCUGGCUUGGACGCCCUUGCACCUAGCCGUGCAACGGGGCUCUCGCGCACUCCCCGUCAUGGCAGAGCUCUUGCGAUUGAAGGCAGAUCCCAACUCAACCGAUACACUUGGCUUGCCACUGCUGGGCAUUAGUCGAGAUGCUGCCACAGUGGAGUUUUUGGUUCAGCACCAUGCCGAUGUGAACUUUCAAGCUGGAGUGUCCAAGGUGUCCCCACUUGGUCUGAGUGCAGCCAGGGUGUCAUCAGCCUCAGUUAUCAGCAAAUUACUGGAACUGCGCGCUGAUGUCAACGGCAGCGAAGCCCGCGGGGGUCUUGGACAUUCAGCGCUUGUGAACUUAAUUUGGGAAUCGAGGACUCUCCAACAAGGAGGCGUGCAAUUGGCUGCGCUGCUUGUCCGCGCAAGAGCCGAUGUCAAUGCAUCGGGGCGUGCGACAGGUCUCUUCCGUUGCCUUGAACUGGGCUUUCGGGCAGCUGUUUGCUUGGGCUCAAGAAGUUCAUUCGCAUCCUUUCAUGCGAAUAGCAGUUCAGGCCCACUUGGCUACGCAGCUCUGGGCGGGCACGCGCCCAUGGUCUCCCUUUUGCUUGCUUCCCGAGCAGAUCCCGACCUUCCCAAUUCGCGUGGCAUGACUCCAAGGCAGCUCGCAGAUGCCCAGACCCAACUCCUGUUUGAGUGCAUGGACUGCAUGGAGUGCUCUCCCGAGGGGCUGACAGAUUCCAACAUGCAACCCCUGUUUUGCGAAGACAACGCCAAUGACUGGGAUGAGCAGCGUUGCUUUUCUAUAUGA